UUUGUCCUAAAGGCAUGAGUGGUUUUAAAGUAGACGAGAGCUUCGGAAACGGAAGCAACGGCGAAAGGAAGUACAAAGGAGUCCGUCGUCGGAGAUGGGGGAAAUGGGUGUCCGAAAUCCGAGUCCCCGGCAGCCAAGAACGUCUUUGGUUAGGCUCGUAUUCGACGCCUGAAGGUGCCGCCAUCGCCCACGACGUUGCUUUCUAUUGUCUCCGACGACCGUCUUCCUUGAAUGCUCUCAACUUUCCAACCAUGUUGCCUCCCAAUGUCAAUGCCAACAUGUCCCCCAAGUCUAUCCAGAGAGCCGCAUCGGAUGCCGGCAUGGCCGUCGAUGCCGUCCGGCUGAUGGAGAUCACUCCCGUCGAAAAUGAGACCGACAAGAGUGUAAUCAUGGGCGCUUUGACCGAGUCGUGGGAUGGAGGAAGGGAGGCUUUGAGCAUUUCUGUCGAUGAUUAUCUCGAGUUUUGAUACUGCAGUUACGGA